GGGGGCGGCUCCAGCCCCGCCCCUCCCCUUCCUGCCCCCCAAGUUGGGGGUUCAAAAGGGGCUGCCCCAUAGCGGGGGGGGGGGGGGGAACGGGACCCACAGCGACCCAUAGCGACCCACAGCAUGCACAGAGCCAUCGGCAGCAUCGGGGGACGCCUCCUCCGCGCCCCACUGAGCAGAGGCCUUACCGGGGGUUCUGCCCCACACUUAUGGGGCGCAGAUUUGGCUUCGUUACCCCCUCCCGUCCGUCAGUUCGUGGAAGAAGGGAUCGAACUUUGCCAACCCAGCGACGUCCAUCUUUGCGAUGGCUCCAAAGAAGAAGGGGAAGCGCUCAUCGCUCUCCUGAGGGAACAGGGAGUCCUGCACCCCCUCCCCAAAUAUGACAAUUGCUGGCUGGCGCGGACGGACCCCCGGGACGUGGCGCGUGUGGAGAGCCGUACGGUGUUGGUGACGGAGCGGGAGAGGGAUUCGGUGCCCCCUGCGCCCCCCAACGGCGAACCCCAACUGGGGCGGUGGCUCAGCCCCAGCGCCAUGGCCGAGGCCCAGCGGCAGCGCUUCCCCGGCUGCAUGCGCGGCCGCCGGCUGUUUGUGAUCCCGUUCCGGAUGGGCCCCGCGGGCUCGGCGCUGGCGAGAGCCGCCGUCCAGCUCACCGACUCGGCCUACGUGGCGGCGUCCAUGCGCAUCAUGACCCGCGUCGGCUCCGACGUUCUCCCGGACCUCCGCCACGGAGACUUCGUCCGAUGCCUCCAUUCCGUGGGGCGCUCCCAGACGCACUCCGGUGACGCUCGGCGUCGGAGCGCGUGGCCGUGCGAUCCGGAGCGGACGCUGAUCGCUCACCUUCCGGAGGAGCUGCGCGUGGUCUCCUACGGCAGCGGCUACGGCGGCAAUUCCCUCCUGGGCAAGAAGUGCCUGGCGCUGCGCAUCGCCUCCCGCAUGGCCCGCGACCAGGGCUGGCUCGCCGAGCACAUGCUGAUCCUGGGCGUGACGUCUCCGAGCGGUCGGAAGCACUACGUGGCGGCCGCCUUCCCCAGCGCCUGCGGCAAAACCAACCUGGCCAUGAUGCGCCCGGCGCUGCCCGGCUGGAGCGUCCACUGCGUCGGCGACGACAUCGCCUGGAUGAAGUUCGACGACGACGGCGUCCUUCGCGCCAUCAACCCGGAGCGGGGUUUCUUCGGAGUGGCUCCGGGGACGUCGGAGCGCACCAACGCCGCCGCCAUGGCGGCCGUGCGCCGCGAUACGCUCUUCACCAACGUGGGGCUGCGCAGCGACGGAGCUCCGUUCUGGGAGGGACUCGAGGAUCAACUCUCGCCCGGAACCACUCUCACCGAUUGGCGCGGGCGCCCCUGGAGCCCCGGCUCCGCCCACCCCUGCGCUCACCCCAACUCUCGUUUCUGCUCUCCGGCCGCGAAUUGUCCAUCCAUGGAUCCAUCGUGGGAGGACCCUCGCGGUGUCCCCAUCGACGCCAUUAUCUUCGGAGGACGUCGUCCGGAAGGGGUCCCGUUGGUCUACGAGGCCUUCGGGUGGCAACAUGGCGUCUUCGUGGGCAGCGCCAUGAGGAGCGAAGCCACGGCGGCCGCCGAGCACACCGGCCGGCGCCUCCUCCACGACCCCUUUGCCAUGCGCCCUUUCUUCGGCUACAACGCCGGGCGUUACCUCUCGCAUUGGUUGUCCAUGUCCCACCGGAGCGGCGUCCGCCUGCCGCGUAUCUUCCACGUCAAUUGGUUCCUCCGUGACCCUUCGGGGCGAUUCCGUUGGCCGGGAUUCGGCCACAACGCUCGCGUCCUGGCUUGGAUCUGCAGUCGGGUGGAAGGAGAAGACAACGCCCGCGAGAUGCCCUUCGGUUUAAUCCCCCGCGAAGGAGCUUUGGAUCUCCGAGGACUUCCGGAGGUCUCCUACGAAGACCUUUUCCCGCUCGAUCGGAGCUUCUGGGAAGGUGAAAGCAAAGAGUUGAGGAGAUACUACGAAGAGAACUUUGGAGAAGACCUUCCGCGAGAGGUCCUGGAGGAGCUCGAGGCGUUGGAGGAGAGGAUCCGGAAGAUCUGAGGACCACCAGGAGAGCGCCGGGGGCCUUCGGGGGGCGCUUGGAGGGCAUCAGAGGGCUUCGAGGACCUCUUGGAGGGCUUCAAAGAGCUCUGUGGACCUCUUGAAGGUCAUCAAAGGGCUCUGUGGACCACUUGGAGGUCAUCAAAGAGGAUCAGUGACCACUUGGAGGUCAUCAAAGGGCUCUGUGGACCUCUUGGAGGUCAUCAAAGGGCUUUGUGGACCUCUUGGAGGUCAUCAAAGGGCUCUGUGGACCACUUUUGAGGGAA